GCCUGAGAUAGUCAGAGCCCUCAGUUUGAAAGACUGGACAGAGAGUUUGAAAGGUUAUCAGACUCUUCGUUUAUUCACCAACUUCACACAUCUAUCCUGCUGCGUAGAACCCCGCUGGAUCUGGACUUUGGUUUCUUGGGAAGUGUCUUGACAGAGAACCUAAGCUGAGCAAAGCAGCCUUGAUCUGAGUGAGCUAACUGACGCCAUGAAAACAGCAGGUGUCUUUCUGCUCCUCUCUCUGGCUCUUCUCUGCUUUUUCUCAGGUGCCUUUGGUCAAGGAGGGAAGGACAAAAGAGGCUGGAUCACAAAAUCAGAGGGCCGAUUGCCAGGGAAAGGUGUGUUGAGGCAUCGUCUCUUUCAAAUUAAUUGUGGUGAGUUCAGAGACCCCAAGACCUUCUGCACUCGGGAAUCUGACCCACUCUGUGGCUCUGAUGGCCAGACAUAUGGAAAUAAAUGUGCCUUCUGCAAGGCAAUGGUGAAAAGUUCUGGGAAGAUCAACCUGAAACAUCAUGGGAAAUGCUGAAUUAGAGCUGGAGUUUUGUGGCAGCUUGCCUAUCCUCUCUCCCUUGACGUCUGCUUUUACUUUUCUCUGGCAAAUCCCAUAAAUUCAUAAAAAAAAAAAAUUAAACAACUUUUUCUCUGUGUGGGUCUUAUGUAGGUCAAUAGGUCUAUUGCCUUUAAUUUUUCAAUAAAGUAAAUUCUGCAGAACUGA